AUGAAGAAUUAUUUGGUAGAAGAUGAAGUUCGUAUUCAGGAGUUCACAAAACAGGUUACAUAUGCAGUGGAUUUUAAUGUCGAGGCAGGAAAUGCAAAGUGUUCAUGUGGGUUAUUUCAGAUGAGAGGGAUAUUAUGUAGGCACAUUUUGGCUGUAUUCAAAUCAAACGGUAUAAAAUCAUUGCCAGAAGGCUACAUUUUAGAUCGAUGGAGAAAGGACAUCAAGAGGAGAUACACAUUAAUUCGAAGUAGCUACGAUGCAGGGGAUGAGAGGGCAAAUGGUAAUAGACAUGCAAUUCUAUUGAAUAUGUGUUAUGAGAUGAUCGACUAUGCGGUAGAAUCUAACGAGCAAUUUGAAGAUGCAAAGAAGAGGAUACAUGAGAUGACUGGAUUAUAUCGUCAGAACCAUAACCCGUUAUCUAUGAACUGUGAAAAAGAUUUAGAACCUGUUACAACAUUGGACACAGCUGCUGCAGUUGGUAGUUCACAAGGAGUAAAGAGUCCAAUUGUUGUCAGAGGGAAAGGGAGACCCCCAUCUCUUAGAAGAGCAUCAAAGAUGGAGACAGAUAUGCGGAAGGUUAAAGCCAAACAGAAAAAAGCACAAGCAGGAGGAAAGCGCAAACAGGUUAUGAAGAAGCUGGAGAAGGACAAGUUAGAAGCAGUUUGUGUUGGGGGUUAA